UACAGAUGGCCAUAUAUACCGGCAAGAAACUGAACGCUGUGAGAAAGGAUGUUUCCAUUUUGGGACUAGCGCCAAGUGUCUUUUUGGCACAGCCGGCGCCUGGCACAUUCUGACUUCUCCAUCCAUCAACAACGCGCGUAUCUUCCGCACUCUGAAUCGCCUUCACAUCCACACCACUGCCAAAUCGUCUUGAUUUCUAUUUCUAUCUGCUAUACCUACCUCUGCGACCGUUUUCGCACAUUUAUUUCGCAAUGCCUGGCGGAAAGGGAAAGUCUAUCGGUGGAAAGGGCGGAAAGGGCGAUGCUGCGGGGAAGGCCCAGAAGUCUCACAGCGCAAAGGCUGGUCUGCAGUUCCCCUGUGGUCGUGUCAAGCGUUUUUUGAAGAACAACACUCAGAACAAGAUGCGUGUCGGUGCCAAAGCUGCCGUCUACGUGACCGCUGUUCUUGAGUACCUGACUGCCGAAGUUCUGGAACUGGCAGGUAAUGCCGCCAAGGAUCUCAAGGUCAAGCGUAUCACGCCACGCCACCUCCAGCUUGCCAUCCGUGGUGAUGAAGAAUUGGACACUCUCAUCCGCGCAACCAUCGCCUUCGGUGGUGUCUUGCCCCGCAUCAACCGUGCACUGCUCCUGAAGGUCGAGCAAAAGAAGAAGGGUGGCAAGAUCGAGCUUUAAAUCAACAUCUGAAAAGUUCCGAAAAGAUGGGCUGGCACCGCGAGACGUACCGUC